AUGUCCACAGGCGGCCCCUCUGCCUUGUCGAAGCUUUCGGCGUCGACUAGGGUCACGAGAAACGCAAAUAAUGAUUCCGCAUCCAUGACCUUCCGUCUUAAUCAGGUUGUCCAGUCCGGCUAUGCUAUCCAAGACCCACCGCACCACCUUCAUGUCUACUCGCACAAACACAAUACACACAUCACCCUAACUCGACCAAACCGAGAACCUUUGCUCUCCAUGAGUUGUGGAAAUAUUGGUUUUCGCAAAGCACAACGCUCCAAAUUCGACGCAGCGCACCAACUUGCAUCCUUCAUGAUGGGAAAAAUCCAGGAAGAGGGUCAUUUGUUAACAAUGAAGCGACUGGAAGUUGUACUCCGAGGUUUUGGACCUGGUAGAGAGGCGUUUACAAAGGUCCUUCUAGGCUCAGAGGGAAAAAAUAUUCGCAAUAUGGUUUGCAGGGUCACCGAUGCUACUCGAUUAAAAUUUGGUGGUUGUCGUAGUAAAAGGGUACGCAGGUUGGGCUGA